AUGCCGCCCAACGGCACCGCGACCCACGAUCUCACCCCGACCGCCGUAAACCGCAAGAAGCAGAAGCGACGGGAGAAGGAGGCCGCCAAGAGAGCCGCACAGGAACCGUCUGCGCCUGCGCCUGUGAGAAACGGUGCUCCUCCUCCUCCCCCUCCCCCAGGCCAGCAGUACGCGGACCCCGAGCUGGACGAGGCGGCCUACGACGAGGGGGAGUACUAUUCGGACGAGGAGUAUGAGCACGCGUAUGGCGCAAAUGGCGAUUACCAGCAAGCCUACAGCCACGUGCCAAUGCGAGGGAGCACAAACAAAAAGUCCAGGCGGAAGAAGAAGGCGCCCUCCGCUCCUCCUCCGCUCGACUACACCCAGCACGUCGCGUCACGCCUCAGCCCCGCACCCGGACACUCCAUGUCGCCCGCCCACUCCGUCGCGCGAUCCGGCUCCAGACAGGACCGUAUAUGGAACACCACCAUGCAGGACGAGAGGGAUCGCAUACGCGAGUUCUGGCUGUCCCUCGGCGAGGACGAGCGCAAAUCGCUUGUCAAGAUCGAAAAGGAGGCGGUUCUGCGCAAGAUGAAGGAACAGCAGAAGCACUCGUGCAGCUGCACCGUGUGCGGCCGGAAGCGCACAGCCAUCGAGGAGGAGCUGGAGGUUCUAUAUGAUGCCUAUUAUGAAGAACUCGAGCAGUACGCGCACCACCAGCAAGACAUCGGUAGUUUCAUGCCCGAGGCUAAUUAUGGUUAUGCGUCCAGUGCUCCUCAUCACCCGCGCCCUAUGCUCAACUCCCACCCCCACCCACCUCCCGGCACCUACGACGACGACGACGAAGAAGAAGAAGAAGAAGAAGAGUACGACUCGGGCGAGGAAGACGACGAAGAUUCCGAAUACGACAGCGAGAUCUCGUCGGAAGGCGACUAUAGCUCCGGCGAGCCCAGUCUACCGCCGCCCGAGCCCUCAGACUUCCUCCAGUUUGGCAGCAGUUUGCAGGUCAAAGGUGGCAUACUUACGGUUGCUGACGAUUUGCUCAAGAACGACGGGAAGAAGUUCAUCGAGAUGAUGGAGCAGCUCGCAGAGCGUAGAAUGCAAAGAGAGGAAGAUGCUCAAGUUCAGGCUCAUCCAGGUGCGCAGCAUCGAUCGUAUACCGGUCACAGUCACAACGCCCCGCCGCCCGACGAAGACGAUUACGACGACGAGGGCGAGGAUGAGGACGAGUACGAUGACGACGACUACGAGGAGGAUGAAGAGGAUGAGGAAGGCGCCAUGACUGAGGAGCAACGGAUGGAGGAGGGCCGCCGAAUGUUUCAGAUCUUCGCAGCGCGAAUGUUUGAGCAAAGAGUACUCCAAGCGUAUCGAGAAAAGGUAGCCGCAGAGAGGCAGCAGAAGUUGCUCGAAGAACUAGCAGAAGAGGAUGUGCGAAAAGACGCGAAAGAGGCCAAGAAAGCAAAAGAAGCCCAGAAGCGAAAAGAGAAGAAGGACAAGCAGAGGCAGUUGAAGGCGGAGCAGGAAGCGAAGAAGGAAGCCGAACGAGCAGCCAAAGAGGCCGAGGCCAAGGCUGCAGAAGAGAAACGACUCGAGGAGCAACGGAAGAAGCGAGAAGAGCAGCGGAAGAAGAAAGAGGCUGAGCGCAAAGCCCAAGAGGAAGAGAAGCAGCGCAAGGAAGCCGAGCGUCUGAAACGACAGCAGGAAGAACGCGAGCGACAGCAGGAGGCUGAGAGGAAAGCACGAGAACAGAAAGCGCUCGAGAAAAAGGCCAAAGACGAGGCGAAACGAAAGGAACGUGAAGAGCGAGAAGCGAAAGAGAAAGAGGCAAAAGAGAAGAAGGCACUAGAGGACAAAGAGCGCAAGGAACGCGACUCAAAACUCAAGGUCGACAAGAACCGUACAGCCAAGGAAGAUCAAGCCGCCGCUGCUGCUGCUCACAAUGCUAUAGCUGGUGCGGCGAAGAAGUCGUCACAGCCAGCAGUCGCGGUGCCUCCCCAGUUGCUGAAGCAGAACUCGUCUGCUGGAAUGCCCUCGCCACUUGUUACACCAGCUGUACCAAAGGCUCCAACACCUAACCGACCACGACAGACAUCGCACCAAACCUCUCACAGUUCAUCUCCCAAGACUCCCCACGCGACUCUGGGGGUGAGCAAGUCAACAUCUCCGAAUUCUCAGAUGCCGAAUCAGUCAAUACCAAGGUCCAUUUUGACCAAAGCACCAAUCCCACAGCAAGGUCUAUCCAAUCCGCAUGGCCAGCCAGCUUCCCCGAUGCCUCCCAUGGGACCACCACCGGGUAUGCAAGGACCACCAGGACUCGGGAUGGGUAACAUGCCACCGGGUCUGAAUGGCUUCCCUGGUCAUACCUCGAUGAUGCCCGGGAUGAUGGGCCCCCGUCCGAAUAUGCCCUUCUACCCCCAGCCUGCGCCCCAGAGCUUCCGUGGUUUCCCACCACCAGGAAUGCACACAUCAGGCGCCCUCCCAAUCGGUCGUGGCGGUUUUCCAAUGGAGGGACCACCAGGCUUUCCCGCACCCCCUGGCUUUACCGCCCCAAUGCCCACCGCGUUUCCCAUGGGUAUGCCGACGCAUUCAAGACAAGGAAGCGGAUCGUUUGAGAGACUUUCAAACGAAAGCCCUAUUACGGGGCCGUCAGCACAGCCCAUUCAACGACCUACACCCAUCAAACGUCCAAGUAGUGUGAAGGAAGACGGUCAACAAAACGGGAGCGAUGUAGAUGAACUUGCGAACCACCUCGGCAGUAAAGCACUGCUGGAUGACGACGACGAUAUACCUGAGCUACCCGAGAAUCGACAACCGAGCAUGCAACAACAUGGUUCCGUGAGAGCGCCUUCAUUUGGGUUUGCGGAUAUUCCCGGAAGCCAAUAUGGGUCGUUUGGUGCACCAGGCGUUGGUGGAGGUAGUAUCUGGGGUACACCCCCCUUAGGAGGUUUCCAUCCAGGCCCUGCUGGUGGUGGCAAUUGGGGCAACUCACCCACAUCCAACAUAUUCAACUCGCCAUUUUCUCUGAAUGGAGGCAACGCAAGGGGAAUGGAGCGCAACGCAAAUGAACACCGCAUAGUUUGGCUCCGCCGCACAAUCUGCGCUGCAUGCAAAACCUUCGGCCCGCGUGCCGCUGACGCAGAAGGCUAUGUCGAUGCAAGCGAAGUGCACAGACAAGUCGAAGCGUCAAGAGGGGCCAUGGACCCUGCUGCUGUGUCUAUGGAUGAGAUGAAGGAAGCUUGCGACAUCCUUGACGUCACGCAUACCAAUGGUGGUGGCACUCUGGAUUACAAGGAGGCAGACAAUGGGAGGGUGGAGAAGAUUAGGUUCAGAGAGAGUGCGCCUGCGACUGCGAUGCCUUCGAGUUUGGGCGAAAUUGGUAGCCCCGUUCCUGGCCAUAGCGUCCUUGCGGGCGGGUUUGGUGGCAGGUUUCCUGGGCUUGGGCCUCAGGGCUUCUGA